AUGCUUAAUUAUGCAGCCUCUUUUGAAGGAAAUGGAGAUAUGGGUUUAAACCCUGAUAAUGACCUUACAUUACUUUUGUCUUUUUAUAGCUGGGAUGAAACACAUUUUGGAAAGAUGGGGAGUUAUUAUAUUAACCGGACAUUUUUCUUUGAUGUCCAUCCACCUUUGGGGAAGGUCACACUGGGAAAGCACUUCUUGGCUCGUGCACUUUGCCUCAUUGUACUGCCUCUUGUCCUCUACACAGCUCUUUUUGCAGUGCAUUUUGCAGUGUUAAACAGAAGUGGACCUGGUGAUGGUUUUUUCAGCUCUGGAUUUCAAUCCCGACUCAUUGGAAACAAUCUUCAUAAUGUUUCUGUUCCAGAAUAUGUAGCAUAUGGCUCUGUGAUAACACUGAAGAACCUUCGCAUGGCAGGAGGAUACCUUCACUCCCACUGGCACCUGUAUCCUGAAGGAGUGGGAGCAAGGCAGCAGCAGGUUACUGCAUAUUUGCACAAAGACUUGAAUAACUUAUGGAUUAUAAGGAAACAUAACUUGAAUAGAGGGUUCCUAACUCAUCUUCUUAUCUCCCUGCUUGGGGAGAUGCCUAUUCAAAGCUCUGUUAUUUUAGAAUGGACACUUCCCAAAUCAUCUGGUUUAUACCCUGUGGAAAUAUUGAAAAAUUCUUUGGUAUUUUCAAACAUACUUCUGUCAGUGGAAAAUGGAUCUGGAGACUCCAAUGAUUUCUGGCGAAUUGAAGUUGUAGGAAGAAAGGAUGGGAAACGUAUCAAAGUCCUGCGAAGUCAAAUACGAUUGGUUCAUCUAGCAACGACCUGUAUCUUGGGUUCGACGGGAAAGACACUACCCAAAUGGGGCUGGGAACAAGUGGAAGUCACUUGCACUCCAUAUCAGAAAGAGACUCCAAAUACACUUUGGAAUAUUGAAGAGCACAUUAAUUCCAGAUUGCCCAAUAUCAGUUUGGAUGUUUUGAAACCUUCCUUUCCAGAAAUACUGCUGGAAUCUCACAUCGUUAUGAUUCGAGGAAAUAGUGGCCUUAAACCAAAGGAGAAUGAAGUCACAUCAAAACCUUGGCAUUGGCCAAUCAAUUACCAGAGCUUGCUCGAGUUUUGCAGCAUGGUGGGGGAAGGAUUAUCCUGGGAUGGUUUCUCCAUUAUUUUCCUUUCUUCCUGAUGGGCAGAGUGCUCUAUUUCCAUCAUUACUUCCCUGCCAUGCUUUUCUCCAUCAUGUUGACAGGGAUUACGUGGGAUGUAUUCCUGAAAUUCUGUGCUUGGUUUUUUUCAAGCAGCAUCCAAGCUGGGAAGAUUUAUAACUAUGGAAUAGCAGUGUUGGUUGUGCUCAGUGUGUACAGCUUUUACCUCUUCCAUCCUCUGUCUUAUGGAAUGACGGGACCUCUGGCUUCUGAUCCCAGCAGCUCAAUGGCAGGCCUUAAAUGGCUGGAAACAUGGGAGUUUUAGAUCCAGCUCAAUUUUUUUUU